AUGAAACCUCUAAAUAUGAAAAUGGCCACCGUGAUGAGGCGUACAGUGAAGGGCGGCACAUCCAGCCCCUGGUAUGGCCCCAACAGGCCGCUGUGGCUUGGACCCCUGUCCCCACCCCCCCCAAAAUACCUCAAUGGAGAGUUUCCAGGCGACUAUGGCUGGGACACAAUGCGGUUGUCUGCAGACCCUGAGACGUUCAAGAAAUACAGGGAGACUGAGCUGCAGCACGCCCGAUGGGCCAUGCUUGGCGUUGUUGGCUGCCUCACUCCAGAGAUUCUCUCCAAGUAUGGAGGGGUAGACUUCGGGGACGCCGUGUGGUUCAAGGCUGGGUCGCAGAUCUUUGCCACUGACGGACUCAACUACUUGGGCAACUCCAGCCUCGUGCAUGCUCAGUCGGCACUGGCGAUCGUGGGAUGCCAGGUUUUGCUGAUGGGCACCUGUGAGGGGUACCGGGUGAAUGGCGGCCCGGCUGGGGAAGGCCUGGACAGGAACUACCCUGGUGGCGACUACUUCGACCCCUUGGGCCUUGCGGACGACCCUGACACCUUUGCAGAGCUGAAGGUCAAGGAGAUCAAGAAUGGACGGCUGGCCAUGUUCGCCAUGUUCGGUUUCUACGCCCAGGCGAUCUGCACCGGCAAGGGUCCUGUGGAGAACUGGGUGGCGCACGUGUCUGACCCAUACAAUGUCAACGGGUUCAACAUCUCCACCAAGUUCACGCCCCAAUAG